CUUAACGAUUGACAACGUUUGUGGAUCUUAGCAAGGAUGGGGUGAUUUUGACAAUAUAGAAACUUAAAUAGAUCAUAGAAUCAUGCAGUGACAGGGCUCUUUGGGGGGGGAGUCUGCUGUAGUCACCACCAAGAACUCCAAGAUUUCUAUGUUCUUAAACUCUAUGAUAAUAACAAGUGCAACAGUCAAUGAACAGCAAAUGACUGCAUUUCACCAGACACCGAUCGACUCCUGGUUGAGACACUACUUCAAAGUAAUUUCCUCAUCGUCUCUCCCAACAACCAUGUACCUACAGUCAGUUGCUGAUGCACAAGAGAAUGUCAAGACUACGCCUGCUUCAACGGGUUAUAAUGAUACUUCAGUCCCUUCAAGUGCUCAAAAGAUUCUCAUGUAUGAUGUAACGGUAAUUCUCACAUUUGUCUUGGUUGGUUCAAUAUGUGUUUUAUGUAUAGCACUCUUAAUAUGGGCUUGUUCAAGACAAAUAAUCAAGAACAAAAUACAGGAAAGAAGAGACAGCGAUAAAAACGUCAUUUAUGAGAACAUGAACAUAAGGCAAAAACCAGAAAGGAGAGAGCCUGUGGAAACAUUUGUGUAUCGUCGUCCACUACCUUCGCCCCCAGUGAGCGAAAAACAUCCGGGAGAUACAACGUCAGAGGAUGAUUAUUUGACACCUAAUUCUCUGGUCUACUCUAGACAACAAACAGAGAUAAAAAACUUACCACCUGCACCUCCCGUUUUUCCCGAACGUCUUAAAACUUUACAACUUGAAGGAGAAGGGGAUUACUUAACAUUGAUACCUGAUGAUACACCACCGCUUACGCCAUCGAGUCCAUUGCUAGAGACCAUUUAUGAUGAACAUUUAUCCGAAACGCAUGAAGCAGACGGUUAUGAGAGACCGAGAUUUUUUCGUAAGACUUCCGAUGAGCAGAAUUCAUCUCCAACAGAACAUCCCCGCAGACUGAGAAACACGAGAAUCAACAUAGAUGAUAAACCGACGAGAGUGAGACCACCAGUAAAGACCCAGAGGCCAAUGGGACAACUCGUGGAUGGACAUUUAUCCGAAACGCAUGAAGCAGACGGUUAUGUAAGAUCGAGAUUACUUCGUAAGACUUCCGAUGAGCAGAAUUCAUCUCCAACAGAACAUCCCCGCAGACUGAAAAACACGAGAAUCAACAUAGAUGAUAAACCGACGAGGGCGAGACCACCAGUAAAGACCCCGAGGCCAAUGAGACAACUCGUGAAUGUGUCAGAAUUCAGAUCAUCGGUUGCGGAGGAUACAUCCCUUACCACCACUACAAAAGACGAUGCAGAACCAUCUAAUGGCGAAAAAUCCAAGAGAUUUACUAGUGAGAUCCAUAUACAAUUGUCACCACUGACACAAAACAGGGGAGGGUGGGUUACAGUUACCACUUGCAAACCAAAUGUGGUUGUAUGUAAACGCACCAACUAAUUAACAUCAAAGGAUGAAGAAUUAAUUUCCACAAGACUGCACGGAGUCACAACGCAGGAUAACGCGUCUGUAUAUAACCUCAGAUCUCAGAUGAUAAAUGGUCCGUAAUGAGUGUUAGAUGCAUUAUUAGAUAAUGUAAUUGAAUGAGUUACAUAUUUAAUUAAAUUAUGGCGAAACACAUUGUAAUUGUCACGCUACGAACUCUGAACCCACGAGAAAUGUAAAUACAUAUUCCACAUUGGUUUACAGAUUU